AUGGCCGAAGACAAAGUCGUUCCGUCUCCUACUCUACUAGCUCCUACCAAGAUGGAAAAUCCCACUUGUAGACGAAGCUCCAAAACCAAGGUCACCACUGGUCAUCGCAAGAACGGUCUCAUCGAUCUCGUACCAAAACAUUUACCGCUACGAAAUUCGCCGUACUGCCGCCCAAACAAGACUCCACAGGAACUCCACUCCUGGAGUGCCAGCAAUUCUCAACAGUCAUUGCCGAGUCUUCCAAUUAUCGGCAUGGGUGAAAAUGAUUUUAUAUCUGUGCCUCCAUUACCAGAACCAACGACACAGGCGCAAAAGCAGCGACAGGAACAACAAAUGUACAAUGCAACUAUAACUGCAAGCCUCGCUAAUAAUAAUAACAAUGCUGCGUCAAUCGUAGAGGUUAAUCUACCAAAGACACAAGCUGCUACAAUGAGUUCGUCUGAAUCUAGUGAUUCGAGUAGCAGUAGUUCCGAAUCGGACACCGACAGCAGUUCUGAAUCGGACAGCUCUUCGGAGGACGAACAUGAUUCUCCGAUGAAAGGACAAAGCUGGGCAGAAGUGGUCAACCAUGCUAAUAUGGUUGUUAAAAACCAGUUGACCAUGGAUCUGUACCUGUCAGAGUCCGACUCGGAUUAG